UCGUAGCGUUGAUCUGUCGUCGCUCAGUCGACCCACCAGGUUCAAGUCUCCCCCCCUUCUCCUUUCGUCGAGUAACUCUUUUGCUGUCGCGACUGCUGCUGCUGCUUGUGUUGAAUUGUGUAGCGAGUCUGCUCAACGCAAGCGAGCCCCGGUGGCUACUGGAUUUGGGGGAUUUUUUUGGGGGGCGUUUUGUUGUUGUUGUUGUUUUGUCGCAGCCGCGAAGGAGAAGUCGCUCUGCUUUUCUUUUUGAUCGUUCACUCGCAGGGCGGAGAUGCAGAAGGACACCACCUUCACCAAGAUCUUCGUCGGGGGGCUGCCCUACCACACCACGGACGCGUCGCUCAGGAAGUACUUCGAGGCGUUCGGGGAGAUCGAUGAGGCGGUGGUGAUCACCGACCGGCAGACGGGAAAGUCCCGCGGAUAUGGAUUUGUCACCAUGUGUGAGCGCGGCGCGGCCGAGCGCGCCUGCAAGGACCCCAACCCGAUCAUCGACGGCAGGAAGGCGAACGUCAACCUCGCCUACAUCGGCGCCAAGCCGCGCGUCAUGCAGCCAGGUUAUGGAUUUGGUGUUCAACAGUUCCCUACGUUUGUUCAGCGGCCAUACGGACUGCAGGCCCAGUACGUCUACCCGCAGGCCUUCGUGCAGCCCAGCCUCAUGAUGGCGCACGCCCCGGGCCUCUCGGCGGCCGCGGCCGCCGCGGCCGCCGCCGGCUCCCCGUCGCUCUCCUCCUCCUCCUCGCAGUCCGCCGCCGCCGCGGCCGCAGCGGCCGCCGCCGCCGCCUCCUCCUCCCCGUACCUCGACUACUCCUCGGCCGCCGCGGCCGCGGCCUACGCGGCCCAGUACAACGCCGCCGUGGCCGCUGCCGCGGCCUACGAGCCCUACCCGUACGUGGCGUCGCCGGGCUACGCCGUGGCCGGCUACGGCUACAUGCCCCAGGGGGCGGGCGCGAUGAUCGCGGCCGGCGGAGGCGUCUCCCCGCCGGCGCCGUCCCCCGCCGCCGGAGGGGGGCCACAGGCCUCGGCCUACGCGGCGGCGUUCCAGGGCGCGCACCACCUGCAGGGCGACCGCCUCUGAGUGGCCGCGGUGUGGGGGGGUGAGGAGGAGGAAGGGGGGCAGGGUUCGUAGUGGCGGUGUGCCGUGUGGUCAGGUGAGAGUGGGGGAGUUGUGCGGGGUGAGGCGGUGUGGUGCAGGAGGGUGUGGAGCUGAGUGGGAUUGCCGAUGGCCGGUGGCGGUAAGGUCGGCGGCCUCUGCGGAGGAGGAGGAGGUUCGUGAAGGACGCUGCUGCUGCUGCUGGGGAAGCUUGGAGGCAGUCGCCCUCCAGCAACAACGGAGGGUGGAGAAUAGCGACGCUCACAACAACGAGCGGAGUGCUGAGCGGAUAAAACUCAGCGAGUUGGCGCGGUAGGGGGAAGCGCAGUCGGGGCGUCUGCGGUCACCCCGGUCAAGUCAACCCACGGCACCUGCUGGGGUCUGUCAUGUGACCUCCUGCCAGCGGAGCCUUCAACACUGCACGUAGCCUCAAAGUGCACCUAGCCUGGCACAAACACGGUGGUGACGUCACCGCCACGAAGUGGCGAAUUGUUCGGGAUAAAUAAGCAAUUCAAUUGUAACACAAUUACUACCACGUGGCCUAACUAAAGACAAUAUUUAAAACUUUGUUUGUUAUUUUACCAGGUAAGACCCACUGAGCUAUGUAGUUCUUUUUCAAAAGCGAUCUGGCUAUCACAAAUAACAGCUCAACAAAGUGGCUUGUCACGUGGACAUUUAUAGCAGCCAAAUACUCUAAACGCGUCUUUCUAAAUGCGGAGCGAAAAUCGGAGGACCCGGAGAAAAAUCCAAGGGGGGAGAGAGACAUGCAAACUCCAAAUACACAGCAGGCAUCGGAGUAGGGAUUGAAAUCAAGACCUUCUGCGUACCAGGCGAGGGAGUUAACAUCUCGCCACCGUGGCCCCCAAAUAUGGCCUCAUUGCACCUGGCUACGACCACCCGCCGUCGUGAGGUAGCCUCGUGCGUGCCUUCGUUUUGGGCCAUCACAUCUGACCACAAGGUAAGGGGAGUGACCCCGUGUCUCAAUGCGGAACCAACGACCCAGUGGGCAGUGGCCAUCGCCACGUGUUCGUCACAACAGCCUCGCGACGUCACAAUAGACGUCUGGGUCUGAGCCAAUCGGAUUCAACGGCUGAACCGGAAGCAGAUUACCUCGCUCCUGGAAUCGCGUGUGUUGUGUGUAGCGGUUAGUGCGCUGCGCUACGAACCCGGCAACCAGAGUUUGAUUCCCGCUCGCUGCUACCGACGCCAGCGACGAUUCGGUCGACUUGGCCUCACAUGAGCACGUGGUGCAAUGUGUCAACAUUGCUACUGGGGAGAUAAUGGCGGCCGGGCGUGGUGUUGGCCUCCCACCCCCUUCUGAGGCGUGCCGGCCUUCAUAGUUGCUACUCGUUUGCAGCACGUGCCCCAACAGUCAGUGUGGGUUAUACGGGGGGUGGGGGGGGAGGGGU